AUGAAGCGAGCCGGGAUACUCCAGCAGGUCUCCGACUUCAGUGACUUCAGCCGGGGCCAUGGGCUGCAGGAGCUGCUGCUGGGCCAGGGAGAGGAGCCCGACCAUCUGUGCCAAGGUGCCCGGGCACGGAUCAUCUCCGUGUGCAGCCAGGGAGCCAGCCUGGUGUGGUGUGAGGAGAGGCCUCGCUUGGGUGCCCACUCGGACACGAGCAAGUGCCCCUUCAGGUUCUGCAUCUGCACCCGGGCUCUGGAAGUGGGGGAGCAAAGCGUGCACCUCGGCGCUGUGAGGAUAGUCUUGCACAACAGCCCUGAGUACCAGCUCCUGGCUUCCCCCCAGCACAUCUUCCUGGUGCCUGCCUCUACCAGCUUUGCUACCAUCUCCAAAUUCCUGCUCAUCUGGCACCCCGAGGAGGCAAAGCUUACUGUCACAGCCCCCCCUGCAGGCUUCAUCCACAGCAAGGUGCUGCGCUCCAGCAAUGAGUCAGAUUUCAGGAAGCUCCUACUUGGCUUUGUGGGUCUUCUCUCAACCGUAGCACCUCUGGACAUUCACACCUCUGCCCUCUCCAACCAUGGGGGGCUGCUGCUGGUGAGCACGCAUGGCACUGUGAACAUGGUAGAGCCAGAUGGGACACAAAGGCACAUCUUUGAUCUAGAGGGGGGUCCCCUGACCCAAGGAGAUCUUGUCCGGCUGAAGACAUUUGGUAACGCAUUGGCCUGCGUGCUGGCUGGGGUCCUGUAUCUCAUUGACCAGAAUAGUGGAAGGCUCAUAGAAAAGAAAAUCCUUAGCAUGAAAAAGGUGCAUUUCCUGGAGUCCCCGGGAGAGGAGGACAGCAUCCAGCUCCUCACUCAAACUGGCAUCUACAGCUUCAGCUUCUCUGUCCCUGAGGAUAGCAGCAGGCCUGAGCCAUGCCUGGUGGAGAUGGUGUUUGAGGAGGCCUGCAGAUACUACCAGAGAAGGAGCCUCAGCAGCUCCAAGCUGACAGUGGAGAAGUUGAAGAAAGGUGGUGUGUUCCAGGCUCCUGUGGCCCUUGCUGCCAUCCUGCAGCACAGCCUCCGUCAGAAGGAGAAGCCAGCCCGAGGCCUCCAAGACACUUAUGCCAAGCUCUUGAACACAAUGAGCCUGGAGUUGCAGAGCUACCUGAGCCUGGAGCUCCUCAAGACCUGCGUGGUGGGCGCCCCAGAGAGUGAGGUAGAAAGCUAUUGUGAGGAGCUGGUGGAGCAGGAGGUCAGCCGUGUUCUCCACUCCGACAUUGACAAGGAUAACUUGGCCUACCUGAACUCUGUCUUCACCUCCUUCCCCAAGGCUGCCUGGAAGGCCACGAGGGGUUGCCUGCAGUUGCAGCAGAAUGGGGAUGGCCAUUUGGUAGCCAGGGCCACCCCAGAGGUAUGGAAGAAGGUUCUGGGAGGGCCGCAGCAGGAGGAGGUGGGUCUGAAUGGGGUGAUCCCGCUCUUUGAGCUCAUCUGCACCUCCUUCCUGAGGUUCAAACCCAAGUGGCUGCCCAGUUUUGUGGAGCUGACCCAGCAGUAUGUUAGCAUCUCUUGGGCAUACAGCAGCAAGGAGGGCCCAGAGGGCCGGGUGCCACUAUACAAGAGAGCACUGGGAGUCCUGGCCCGGAAGAACAAGCGCAGUGAGGCAGAUGAUGAGAUGGAGCUAGAACUGCUGCUCUGCAGCAAGAGGCCUAAGGCUGUGCUGCAAGCUAUGCACCUUCUCAUCCGUCUCAAGCGGUGGCAGCGGGUGGUAGAGGUUGCAGAGAAGUUCUCCAAGCUCAGCCCCUUGCUCAACAAGGAGAUAUUCACCACACUGCUGGCAGAGUUUGCCCAGCACCGGGAGCUGGACCCGUAUCUGGACAGGCUGUGGCCUCUGUGUCCUCCUGAACUGACCGCCUCAGACAUCCUCACUGUCAUCCUGCAGCACUUGCCUGUCUCCCAGAAGGAUCCAGUGCCCUUCUCAAGUGAGGAGGGCCAGCUGACCGUGGGCUUGCUCAAACCACUACUGCAAAGGGUUGUGCAGCGUCCCUGCAUCCAGGACGAGAUGUACUCGGAUGCCCUGCAGAGCCCCACCUUCCCCCCUCCCACCCCACCCCGAGAGCACAGGACCCUUCCAAAGGCAGCAGCCAAUGAUGCCCCUCAGCCACCUGGGCCAAGGACUUCCUCUCCCUCAGCACUGGCACAGGGUGACACUGCAUGAAGCAGGGAAGCACAGCAGGAUCCCAACUCUUGGGUGCACAAGGAGGGGAAAGCCACAUGCACCCCAGGAAAUCCUGCCCUGCCUGGGAGGACAGAAACCUCCUCUUCUUGAGAGCCUCCCUGUAGCAGCAUCUCAGACAGUCCAUGGGGUGGUCGAGGCGGCUUAUCUCAUGAGUAGCCAUGGCAGGCUUUCUGGUUAUGUCCAGCAAGUGCAAUUGCGUGUGCCCCUGUGGAGGAGGAAAUGCUAGUGCAUUUGCAGAUGAAAGCACUGGCCGCACUGCAGGACUAAGAACUUCUCUUGGCCCAAAGCACCUUGUGUUCGAUAUGCUUAGUUCCUUUAUAACUUCAUUUCUUGUUUCCUGAUCCUUUAGGAGUGGUGGUGGAGGGGUGGGCAGAGACAAGCACAGUCUUCCCUGCCAAUUCCCUGCUCAUUGGGUGGGGUGAUGCCUCCAAGGUCUGUCUCUAAGGGACUGAGCAUGCUUUUUUUGUAGUGGGGUCACCCACUCCUGCGCUGCUCUGGGCUUGGUUAGUUGCUAAAUGUCAGUGUGGAGCCUUGUUCAGCUCCAUGGUGCUGGGAGUUCCAACAUGCAUGCCAGCAGCUGCAGCGCUCUGCGUGCUGUCUUGCUGCAGUUCCUCUGGGAUCAGUCCUGUAGCUGUGACUGAUUGCAGCUACUUAGCUGAAGAGAGCAGCCUAAUUCCCUUAUCUCUCUAUCCCAGCUGGUACCCAAACUCUCUUUUGAGCUGAGAAGCUGGCAGCAGCCUGUUCAGGCUUGGGGCUGGCCCUGCCUCUCCCUUUCCUUUGUGGAAGCUUAGAUUGUGCUGCAGGACGCCUGGGCCCUCCGUUGCCAUCUCUUCUACCUUUGCCCUUUGCACACAAAGGGGCUUUGUCAGGGUUUUCUGGCUCAUAUUGUGCCUCUGUUUGCAAAGUCAGUGUAACUUGAGAGUAGUCAUGCGGGAAGAUCCAGGUUCCAGCCUCUCCCCAGUGCCCACUGCCUGCUCCUGCCUCCUCGGGGGGAGACAUCCUGGCUGUGGCUUUGCCUGUGUGCAUGAGGCCAUGGUGUGAAGGUACCUGCUGUCCAGAGGAGCUGUUUCUUGUCUUGCCAGGCUGGCAGAGCCUGGCUGGGAUGGGAUGGGGGAGGUUUAUCUGCCUUAGUCCUCUUGAGGGAGGUUAAGUACAGCUGAUACACUCAUUUUAAAAAUAAAGGUUCCUGAAGCAG